UCCAGUCCAGCUGUGACAGAUUAUUAUUCCUUCCAUUCUAGCAGGCUUGGGGGAGCCCGGCACAGAACCAGGGAUGCUUUUGUGCUUGCAUUUAAGGAUUUUUCACCUGUGGACCUGACUCUGCAGAAGCCCCCGGUGCUGUUUUUUUUGUUGCAUGUUAAGAACACACCUGGGUUUAAAGCACCCGCCUCCCUUAUCCUCCCUUGGAUCAGAAAAAAAUAAAGCCAGCCAGACCAUCAAUCUCUGGACCUUAAUAUAUAUAUAUAUAUAUCUAUACAUUACACCUCCGAGCCCCGGUACAUUGGGUUUACAGGACAAUCAGCCUCCAUCUGCAGGAGAAAAGCGACAGCGGCAGGAGCCCCGGACCCGCUCUGCUGGGAGAUCUAACCUUGUUCUCACAUAAAAGGGGGAUAGAGACACCGGGAGGAGAGCGGAGAGAGAGGCAGAGCCUAUAGCGGUGAGGAUUUGAGAAGAGCAUGUGGAUACUGGCCGUCUUCUUGUUCCAAAGCAUCCUAAAUGUUUCUUGUGAAGAUCUACACGCCAGCUUAUCUUUUAUCAAUGCAUCUCUGCAAGAGGUAGUAUUUGCUAGCACCACGGGGGCCUUGGUACCCUGCCCUGCAGAAGGAGUCCCCCGUGUGACGCUCAAAUGGUACCAACUAGCAACGUCCGAGGAGAUCUACGAUGUCCCUGGGAUCCGCCACGUCCACCCUAAUGGCACUCUCCAAAUUUUCCCCUUCCCUCCUUCAAGCUUUAAUAAAUUAAUCCAUGAUAAUACUUAUUAUUGCACAGCUGAAAACCCUUCAGGGAAAAUCAGGAGUCAGGAUGUCCACAUUAAGGCCGUUUUACGGGAAGCCUAUACGGUCCGAGUGGAGGACCAGAAAGCCAUGAGAGGCGGUGUAGCAGUUUUCAAGUGCAUUAUUUCCUCCCCGGUGGAGGCCUAUGUCUCGUGGGAGAAGGACACAGUCUCACUCGUCUCAGGAUCUAGAUUUCUCAUUACAUCAUCGGGAGCCUUGUAUAUAACAGAUGUACAGAAUGAAGAUGGAUUAAAUAAUUACCGGUGCACCACACGGCACAAGUACACCGGAGAAACCCGUCAGAGUAACAGCGCCAGGCUGACUGUAUUAGAUCAAGUGAAUUCAUCUCCAACCAUUAUUGAUAAGUUUGAGCACCUCACAGUCAUGGCAGGACAGAGAGUGGAGCUUCCAUGUAAAGCAUCAGGCUACCCCAUCCCAAGUAUCCGCUGGCUGAAGGACAACGUCCAGCUUGAAAUGGACAAUAGAUUCCGGAACACGGUGGUUGGCUUGCUCAUCGAGAACACCCGGCCGGCCGAUUCCGGGACGUAUGUUUGUGAGGUGUGGAACGCCUACGGCAGCGCUGAAGUGAUAGGAUCGCUCUCUGUUAAACAGCCCCUUAAAGCGACAAUCAGCCCACAGAAAGUGAAGACCAGCGUCGGAAGCCAAGUGACGUUAUCGUGUAGUGUUUCGGGGACAGACGACCCUGAGAUCACCUGGUAUAGGAACGGUGACAUCAUCACUCCUGGGAAUAACGUUAGAAUCACAGGUGUCAAUCGGGAAACUCUCAUCAUGGAUGCUGUGGCGAAAAGUGACAAUGGCGCUUACCAGUGCUUUGUACGCAAGGACCGGAUGUCAGCCCAGGAUAGUGCCAUGGUGGUGCUGGAAGAUGGAACCCCCAAAAUAAGUUCGGCCUUCACUGAAAAAGUGGUGACUGCCGGAGAAGCCGUGUCCCUGAUGUGUAACGUAAAGGGCACCCCUCUGCCGACCAUCACCUGGACGCUGGACGACGAGUCCAUUAUCAAGAACGGCAACCACCGAAUCAGCCAGCUCAUCACCUCUGACGGCAACGUUGUCAGCUAUCUGAACAUCACCAACGCGGGGGUGCGGGACGGGGGAGUCUACCGCUGCACUGCCAAUAACUCUGCGGGAGUCGUCCCGUACCAGGCUCGAAUAAACGUAAGAGGGCCGGCAAGUAUUCGACCAAUGAAAAAUAUCACAGCAAUAGCCGGGAGAGACACCUACAUUCACUGCCGUGUGAUCGGGUACCCCUACUACUCCAUAAAGUGGUACAAGAACUCCAUCCUCAUCCCGUUCAACCACCGCCAGGUGGCUUUCGAGAGCAAUGGGACUUUAAAGCUCUCGGAUGUGCAGAAGGACGUGGACGAAGGGGAAUACACCUGUAAUGUUCUCGUCCAGCCCCAGCUCUCCACAAGCCAGAGUGUCUAUGUCACUGUGAAAGUUCCCCCUUUUAUUCAGCCAUUUGAGUCCCAAAGAUUUUCCAUCGGUCAAAGAGUAUUUAUCCCAUGUGUUGUGGUCUCUGGUGAUCUGCCCAUCACCAUCACGUGGCAGAAGGACGGGAGGCCGAUCCCAGCAAGUCUUGGAGUUACUAUUGACAACAUUGACUUUACAAGCUCCUUAAGGAUUUCCAAUCUCUCCCUGAUGCACAAUGGGAAUUAUACCUGCAUUGCCCGUAAUGAUGCAGCCGCUGUAGAACACCAAAGCCAGUUAAUCGUCAGAGUUCCUCCUAGAUUCGUGGUCCAUCCCACUGACCAGGACGGGAUUUUUAGAAAGGCUGUGAUAUUGAACUGCUCCGCGGAGGGUUACCCUGUGCCUAAGAUCGUGUGGAAGUACUCCAAAGGUGCUGGAGUUCCUCAGUUUCAGCCCAUCGCACUGAACGGUCGUAUACAGCUUCUCAGUAAUGGUUCUCUACUUAUAAAGCACAUCCUGGAGGAAGAUAGCGGCUACUACCUCUGCAAGGUCAGCAAUGAUGUGGGAGCUGACGUCAGCAAGUCCAUGUAUCUCACGGUUAAAAUUCCUGCAAGAAUCAUCUCCUACCCGAACACCACCCUGGCCACCCAAGGUCAGAAGAAGGAGAUGAACUGCACGGCCCACGGUGAGAAGCCCAUCAUAGUGCGGUGGGAGAAGGAGGACCGCAUGAUAAAUGUCCCGGAGAUGUCCCGGUACCAGGUGUCCACCAAGGAGGUGGGGGAUGAGGUGCUCUCCAUAUUGCAGAUCUUACCCACUGUGCGGGAGGAUUCGGGAUUCUUUUCGUGUCACGCGAUCAAUUCUUUUGGAGAGGAUCGAGGAAUCAUCCAGCUGACAGUACAAGAACCUCCAGAUCCUCCGGAAAUCGAAAUUCGAGAAGUGAGAGCGCGCAGCAUCGCCCUUCGCUGGACUAUGGGCUUUGAUGGCAACAGUCCCAUUACAGGAUACGAUAUUGAAUGCAAAAACAAAUCAGACUCAUGGGAUUCCGUCCAGAGGACCAGAGAUGUCUCGCCUCAGUUAAACCAGGCCACCAUCAUCGACUUACACCCAUCCUCCACGUACAACAUCCGCAUGUAUGCAAAAAACCACAUAGGCAAGAGCGAAGCCAGCAAUGAACUCACCAUCACCACCGAGGAAGCGGCCCCUGACGGCCCGCCUCAGGAAGUCCAGCUAGAUCCGGUGUCCUCACAGAGUAUCAGGGUUACCUGGAAGGCCCCCAAAAAGCAUGUUCAGAACGGAAUCAUCCGCGGUUACCAGAUUGGCUUCCGGGAGUACAGCACCGGCGGCAGCUACCAGUUCAAUAUAAUUACUGUGGACACCACUGGGGACAGCGAGCUGUAUACUCUGGAUAACCUGAAGAAAUUCACCCAAUACGGAGUGGUUGUGCAGGCGUGUAACCGGGCCGGGACAGGGCCAUCGUCUCAGGAAAUCAUCACCACCACACUAGAGGAUGUUCCCAGCCGCCCCCCAGAGAAUGUCCAGGCAGCUGCAACUUCGCCAGAGACAAUAACUAUCUCAUGGUCGACCCCUUCCAAAGAAGCCCUCAAUGGCAUCCUCCAGGGGUUCAGGGUUAUCUUCUGGGCAAAUCUUCUAGACGGAGAACUUGGUGAAAUAAAAAACGUAACCACAUCACAAUCCCCACUGGAGCUGGAUGGACUGGAGAAGUACACAAACUACAGCAUCCAGGUGCUAGCCUUCACCCGGGCCGGAGACGGGGUCCGCAGCGAGCAGAUAUUCGUCAGAACCAAAGAGGAUGUUCCAGGUCCCACAGCUGGAGUUAAAGCUGCUGCCGCCUCCGCCUCCAUCGUCUAUGUGUCCUGGCUCCCUCCUCUGAAGCUAAACGGCAUUAUCCGCAAGUACACCGUGUUCUGCUCACACCCCUACCCCACGGUCAUCAGUGAAUUUGAAGCCGCCCCAGACGCCUUUUUCUAUCGAAUACCAAAUCUGAGCCGAAACAGACAAUAUAGUGUUUGGGUGGUAGCGGUGACCGCGGCCGGCAGAGGCAACAGCAGUGACAUCAUAACUGUCGAACCAACAGCUAAAGCCCCUGCUCGAAUUCUAACCUUUAGUGGCACCGUGACCACACCAUGGAUGAAGGAUAUUGUCCUGCCCUGCAAGGCCGUUGGAGACCCUUCCCCUACAAUCAAAUGGAUGAAGGAAAGUAACGGGACACCCAGUCUAGUGACGAAUGAUGGGCGAAGAAGCGUCUACAGCAAUGGAAGCUUUAUUAUCCGCACGGUGAAAGCAGAGGAUUCUGGGUAUUACAGCUGUUCUGCCUCAAACACCUGGGGAUCCGAGGAAAUUGUCUUAAAUCUACAGGUUCAAGUGCCUCCUGACCAACCUCGGCUGACCGUGUCCAAAAGUACUUCUUCUUCCAUAACCCUUUCCUGGAUACCUGGAGACAAUGGAGGGAGCUCAAUUCGAGGUUACAUACUUCAGUAUUCGGAGGAUAACAGCGAACAAUGGGGCAGCUUUCCCAUCAGUCCCAGCGAACGUUCUUACCGCUUGGAAACUCUGAAAUGCGGCACUUGGUACAAGUUUACUUUGACCGCCCAGAACGGAGUGGGACCGGGACGCAUCAGUGAGAUCAUAGAGGCAAAAACCCUUGGGAAAGGUACUGGAGUCUUGUCCUGCCCAUCCAAAGCAGGAAAACCCCAAUUUUCGAAGGAGCAAGAUCUGUUUGCCAGUGUUAAUAGCACACGAGUGAGACUCAAUCUGAUUGGUUGGAAUGAUGGAGGGUGCCCAAUCACAUCUUUUAACCUUGAGUACCGACCGUUUGGCACCACGGUGUGGACCCUGGCACAGAGGACGUCCCUGUCUAAAUCAUAUAUUCUGUAUGACCUGCAGGAGGCGAUGUGGUAUGAACUGCAGAUGAGAGUGUGCAACAGUGCUGGCUGUGCCGAGAAACAGGCCAAUUUUGCAACGCUGAAUUAUGAUGGCAGUACGAUCCCCCCACUCAUCAAAUCCACUGAGACCAGUGAAGAAGGACUGUCCACAAACAAGGGGAUAAAAAUGCUGGUCACCAUUUCCUGUAUCCUGAUCGGCGUCCUGCUGCUUUUCGCGUUACUGCUGAUUGUCCGGCGUAGAAGACGAGAGCAGAGACUGAAGAGGCUGAGAGAUGCUAAAAGUUUGGCUGAAAUGCUCAUGAGUAAGAAUACUCGGACGUCAGACACGCUGAACAAGCAGCAGACCCUCAGAAUGCACAUAGAUAUUCCCCGAGCACAACUCCUUAUAGAAGAGCGGGACACCAUGGAGACUAUCGAUGACAGAUCUACGGUGCUAUUGACUGAUGCUGACUUUGGAGAGUCAUCAAAACAGAAGUCAUUGACUGUCACUCACACGGUGCAUUACCAGUCUGUCUCACAGGCUACCGGGCCCCUGGUCGAUGUGUCAGAUGCCCGACCUGGAACAAAUCCAACCACGAGGAAAAAUGCAAAAGCCGGUCCGGCAGCCCGCAACAGAUACGCCAGCCAGUGGACACUUAACAGACCCCACCCCACUAUAUCCGCACACACGUUAACAACAGACUGGAGGCUGCCAACACCGAGGGCUACUGGGUCAGUAGACAAGGAAAGCGACAGCUACAGUGUGAGCCCAUCACAGGACACAGACCGAGCAAGGAGCAGCAUGGUCUCUACAGAAAGUGCCUCAUCCACUUACGAAGAGCUGGCAAGAGCCUACGAGCACGCAAAGAUGGAGGAGCAACUGAGACACGCCAAAUUCACCAUCACAGAAUGCUUCAUAUCAGACACCUCCUCAGAGCAGCUGACUGCAGGGACUAAUGAGUACACGGACAGUCUGACCUCUAGCACGCCAUCAGAGUCCGGGAUAUGCAGAUUUACUGCAUCUCCCCCUAAACCUCUGGACGGUGGAAAGGUGCAAAAUAUGGCAGCUCCAAAGGCACAUCGGCCAGAACAAGAUCGGUUGCAAAUGACUGACAUACGACCACAAGACCCGAACCCCCUUAGUUCAAGUGAUGUGAUGAACUUGCCGCCAUACCUUAGAAUGGACUUUUUAUUAAAUCGUGGUGCUUCAGGAACUAGCAGAGACUUGGGUUUAGGGCAGGCUUGCUUGGAACCUCAGAAAAGCCGAACCCUGAAGCGACCCACAGUUCUGGAACCAAUCCCCAUGGAAAACCCUUCAGCACGUGAACUACAGUCGUGGCAGCCCAGCGCGGGGGCGGCAGCGGCUGCACCGGUACCUCCCCGAGAGGCAACAGAGCUUGGACAGGCAGCUAAAAUAAGCAGUUCACAGGAAUCACUGCUGGACUCCCGGGGGCACUUGAAAGGAAAUAACCCCUACACAAAAUCUUACACCCUGGUAUAACAACAACAAAAAAAGCUUGUAAAUACUAACAUACAACAAAAUGCAAAUCAAAGCUACCUUUUUCUACUGAAUUCCAACAUUUAUAAUUUAAAGAAAAGAGAAAAAAAAAGAUUGCCAAAACAUUGAAAUGACAAAUUUACAAAAACUGUGCAAAGACUCUGCUGUUUUUUUUUUUUUUUUUUAAUUAAAUUUUUUCCUUUUGGAUCACCUCUAGAACAUUCAUCACCUCUAACCGGAUGUCAAACUCUUUAAAGGAUUUGGGUUCUUAUAGGGUUUUUUUUUUUCCAUUACAUUUGUACCAACAUUUUUUAAUGUACGAUCUGGUGCAUGAGAACAUUUCUACUUGAACGUCCCUAAAAACCCAAACUUAAGAGAAUCCAGAUAUUAAAUUUCCGAGCUACAGAGGGGAAAAAAGCAUUAAUGUUAUAUAAUCAUAGUUUUUUUUUAAUUUAUAAAAAAAAAAAUUUUAAUUAUAAUUUUUUUGUUGCAUAGAAUUCUAUCAGAGAAUAUAAUUUUUUUCUUUUUUUUGGGGGUUUCGAAUAUCUAAAUGACUGGUUGAAUUCUGUCUUUGAGAAAUAAAGGGUCUUCUGCCUUCUGCUGUGACGCCUGCUUUAAUUUGCUGGCUCAGUUGAAUUCUCCUUUUGUUUCUUUACCGAUAGGUAGAAUAUGCACUAUGUAAGGCUUUAAAAUAAGUUUCAUUUUCCAACCCAUCGUGUGUAAUCCUCUAUGUUUUUUGGAGAAAGCGAUUUUUUACAUGUUACCUCUUUUUAUUUAUCCGGUGAAAUUUCCAGCAUUUCAAUUCUGUAAAAUCGGGCAUGUGAUGAAGGGCUAUCAUCGAAACCAUAAAGGGCUCUGAUCCACAUACUGUACAUUCCCAACAUGUAGCCAAUGACUGCAAACGUAUACAUGGUCUAUUCCUUUGUUAUUCAAUGGACAUUCAGCUUCUUGAAUAUAUGUAUGUAUGACACACCUGUUGGUAUAAUAUGCCAAAUAAUACUCUAAAUAAAAAAUUACCAGUAAAUAAACCUUCCAUAAAAACAAUAAAAAAAAAAAAUUACCAGUAAGUAAAGUUUGUUAGAUAAAACAAAAAAAGUAGCACUAAAUAAAAUGAUCAAUUUACAAUAUAAUUAAAAAAAUAAAUAAAAAGAAUAAGAUAACACAUUAUUGCAAAGUUGAUCGGACUGGCUGCCAAUGGUGGGUUCAGCCAACUAUUUCAAGAUGUAUGGCGGCCUCCAGACUCUCCACUGAAAGAUGAUUGGCCACCUAACAGUUUUUUCCCAAGUGGCUUACCCUUACCCAUAGACGACACAGGAACGUUCGGUUGUACUGAAUGUUUAUGUGUGUGGGGAGAUCAGGAGAGAUAACAGUCAAACGAAUGGUGGGUCAACAUUAUGAAUGGCCACCUUAAUUUGCUUUUUGCCUCAAAAUAUUUGUAAUAAUACAGAAGAUACUUUGGUUAGAUAUUUAUCCAAAUUUAGCUAUCUUUUUAAUCCAUGUGUAAAUUGUGGGCAUCUGAAUCCGUCAUUUUUAACAAGGCCUCUGCAAAAUGUAAGAAGCGAUCUGAUUGGUUGCUAUGGGCAACUCAGCAACUUUUUCUUUAAACAGGUUUUGAUAAAUCUCCCCCACUAAGUGUGACCAAAAUGUUACAAAGAGAAACCUUCUAGAAUUUUCCAUAACCUAUUUGGAUAAAUCUAUGAAAUUAAAAAUAUAAGCUCCAAUAGGGUAAUAAAAAGUUGUUUUGAAGGCGGUUAUCUACUAACUUUCCUGUAAUGCCAACUUUCAACAUUUACACCAUCUAUAGUAACAUUUUAAGUGAUAUGCUUUUCAGAUAGACACCUAAAAACAUAAAUUAGAUUAUCUGAACUUGUCAUAUACGAUAUUGUUUGAAAAUUUUGAAAUUUAGUAACCAUAGAUAGUUUAUUUAAACAGCAUUUACCUUGUUAAAGUUGUAGAAUGGCCAUAGGACGCCAUUCUACAACUUUAACUAGGUACGGUAAAUGCUGUUUAAUUUAACUAUCUAUGGAUAUUAAAGGGGUUAUCCAGGAAAA